UUUACUGACUCUUGUCUCUCUUCGCGCCAAUUCACUUGAUUACAGUUUGACAAUUGAUGGUCAUUCUGAUUUUUCUCCGAAUAUCUCCAACUACUACUUAAUUUAAAUACUUUAAGUUUUAAACCUGGUUUCUCAGUUUGUUAAUCGUUUAGCACAAAUAUUCAAAAUGACUCUUUUCGAAAGUCGACCUACGUUAAAAUUCUCCCGAAUUAGUAACAACGCUUUCACACCAACAAAAGGAUCUGAAAAAGCGGCUGGCCUGGACAUGAAAAGUGCCUAUGAUUGCAUCGUUCCUGCUCGCGGGAAAGCAUUAGUGAAGACUGAUUUACAAAUUGAACUUCCACCUGGUUGUUAUGGUCGUGUGGCUCCUCGUUCUGGUUUAGCAUUGAAAAAUUGUAUUGAUGUUGGUGCUGGUGUCAUUGAUGAGGAUUACCGUGGGAACAUUGGUGUCAUCUUAUUUAAUCAUUCAGAUGAAGAUUUUCAUGUGAAGAAGGGUGAUAGAAUUGCACAACUUAUCUGUGAAAAAAUAUUUUAUCCAACUGUAGUAGAAGUAAAAGGUUUAACAGAAACAAAAAGAGGGGAAGGUGGUUUUGGAUCUACUGGUACUCAAUAAAAAUUGUCUUUAUUGCUUAAAUAACUACUAUUCAUGAUUCAUGUAAUUUUGCUCAUGUUAACAAUAUUUAUAUAUCUGAUAAAUUUUUUGUCAUAGAAUGUGCAGUCAUAAAUGGAGUGUCCUGUGGAUAUAUAAUUAAAAAGCAUUUAAAAUGUAGGUAUAGGAUAAUCAGCCUGUGAUUAUAAUAAUAUCCAUUCAAUUCUCUUAAAAAAUUGUACUUGAUGUGCUAAUCAUAAUUCCUAUGCAGCAAUUACAAACCAUUAGGGCUAUUUCAAAGAUAUAAUUUCAUGUACCUAAAAUUGAAAUCUCAUUGACUAUAAGUGUUGCUUAUGUAAAAGUUGGUUUUGCUGUUUAACUGAAAUCUUUGUACAAAUUCAGUUCUAUCAUUUAAAUAACUUAGUGUACAUAAUACAUUUCAUAAGCACAGAACCAUUUGUUAUCAAUUAGGAACCUAGUUUUUUUUUUUACAUAUAGGUAUAAAAUAUAUGUUUAUUUUAGUGAAUAUCCUGUAUAAGUUAAUGUUAUGAUCUUGCUAAUUAUUUUUUGUCUUUCCUUUGUUUCUUUAUGUAAGUACCCUUAAAUACUGUUCAACGCAGUCAUUGUUUCAGUCAUUAGAUAAAUUUGAAGCAUACUAUGUUUUUUACAAUGCAGUAGAGAGUACAAAUUUAGAA